AUGGGUGUCCAGGUUGAGCGCAUUUCUCCCGGUGACGGCAAGAACUUCCCCAAGCCCGGCGACACAGUGGACAUCCACUACGUCGGCACCCUCCAGAAGGACGGCAGCAAGUUUGAUUCGUCGCGUGACCGCGGCGCGCCCUUCUCGACCCAGAUCGGUGUCGGCCGCGUGAUCCGCGGCUGGGACGAGGGUGUGCCCCAGCUUUCGCUCGGCGAGAAGGCUAAGCUCAUCGUCUCGCCCGACUACGGCUACGGUGCCCGCGGCUUCCCCCCGGUCAUCCCCGCCAACUCGACCCUCGUCUUUGAGGUCGAGCUGCUCGGCAUCAACGGCAAGAAGUAG